GUUUGUAAUCACUGCAGCACGAGUGUCUCCCUCUGCUGUCGCGCAGUGUUACCGCAGCUGUCGCGCUGUUUUGCAGCAGUGUGGCAUAAGCGCGCACGCUCUGCUUUCCGGCAGUGUGGCAUUGCUGCUGGAGAAGAUGUCUGAAUCUCAUGCUGAGGCGGGAAACGAGAUGCCGAAUAACAAAAAGCAGAAAUUAAGCAGUGAUGAAAACAGCAACCCCGAUCUGUCAGGAGACGACAAUGUAGCGCUAAACUCUCCUCAGGGUCAGUCAUCAUUCCCUCAUGUUGGGUGUGUCUUGUUCCUGCAGGUCACUCUAUAUGAGUGUCACUCUCAAGGAGAGAUCCGUCUGCUGCAGUCGUAUGUAGAUGCUGACGCAGAUGAAAACUUCUACACUUGCGCUUGGACCUUUGACUCGAGCACCAGUCACCCGCUGCUGGCCGUGGCCGGAUCUCGCGGCAUCAUCCGCGUCAUCAACCACAUCACCAUGCAGUGCGUCAAACAUUAUGUCGGCCAUGGAAAUGCGAUCAACGAGCUCAAAUUUCACCCGAGGGACCCGAACCUUUUGCUGUCGGUCAGUAAAGAUCACGCGCUGCGGCUCUGGAACGUUCAGACAGACACUCUGGUGGCCAUCUUCGGAGGCGUCGAGGGCCAUCGCGACGAGGUCUUGAGCGCGGAUUUUGACCUGCUUGGUGAGAAGAUCAUGUCCUGUGGGAUGGAUCACUCCUUGAAGCUGUGGAGGAUCGACUCUGAGCGGAUGCAGAAAGCCAUCCGCGGUUCGUACGAGUAUAACCCCAGCAAAACCAACCGGCCUUUCGUGUCUCAGAAGAUUCACUUCCCAGACUUUUCCACACGAGACAUUCACAGGAACUACGUGGACUGCGUCCGCUGGCUCGGAGAUUUGAUUCUUUCAAAGUCAUGUGAAAAUGCCAUUGUGUGUUGGAAACCUGGGAAGAUGGAAGACGACAUCGACCGCAUCAAACCCAACGAGUCUAACGUGACGAUUCUGGGCCGCUUCGAUUACAGUCAGUGUGACAUUUGGUACAUGCGCUUCUCCAUGGACUUCUGGCAGAAGAUGCUAGCUCUUGGAAAUCAGGUCGGGAAGCUGUACGUUUGGGACCUGGAAGUGGAGGAUCCUCAUAAAGCAAAGUGUACGACGCUCACGCUCCCCAGAUGCACGUCUGCGAUCAGACAGACCAGCUUCAGUCGGGACAGCAGUAUUCUGAUCGCUGUGUGUGACGACGCCUCGAUCUGGCGCUGGGACCGGCUGCGCUGAGUCUCCUGACGCUCACUGCUCGAAUCAUCGAUCGCCGAGUUCUGCUGUCUUUGCUUUUCACUUUUGCUUUUUUCUUUGCCUUUCUCUUGUCUGACUUCAAUAAAAUCUAUUUUUAUA